GUCACCCGGAGAGACCCCGGGCAGAGUUCCCGUAUGUGGCUGUGGCGUCUCUGGACUUUCGUGUGAGGAGUGUGAGGGACUUGAGGCUAGCUCUGAGCAGAAUGGGCUUAGGUCAGAAGAGAGAGGAAUCCUAGGCACAGCCAGGCUUCGAGGGUGAAGACCCUGAAGGAGAGUGGAGGCUCUGCUCACUGCAAAUAGAGAGAGGUGAGGACCUUGGUCUGAGGAGGUGACACAUCACUGCAGAAGAGGGAGGAGUCCCGGGCUCUAUCAGGAAUCAAGGGAGGUGAAGGGCUUGGUCUGAGCUGGUGACAUCAACAGAGGGAGGAGGCCCAGGAUCUGUGACAAAUCAAGGGACUUGGAGCUGAAGUCCUUAGUCUGAGUGUGAAGUCAGGUCAGCUGAAGAAGCCACAUCCGGUCAGAAGAGGGAGGAGUCCCAAGCUCUACCAGGAGUCAAGGCCUGUGGUUCCCCAUCUCCCACUGUCUUGCUCAUACUUCUACUUGCUACUGCCAACAAGAGUCAUCAUGCCUCCCUCUCCAAAGCGUCUACGCCUCACAUUUGAGCCAGACUUUCAAACCCAAAGUGAGAUACAAGGCCUAGAAGUGGCAGAUGUUCUCAUAACUGAGGACAAGGACGAGACUUCCUCUGUUUCCUCUUGCUCUUUCAACUUCUCCUACCCCUCCACCUCUGCCUCCCCGCCUUCCUCUCCUGUGAUCCCAGUCUCCCCAGAGGAGGAGGAGGAAAGGGAGCCUGCUGCAACACUGAGUCCUCCCCAGAGUCCUCAGAGCUCCCACUCCUUCUCUGCAUCAUGGAGCACAUCAGAGGGAGUCUCCAACAGCCAAGAAGAAGAGGAUACAAGUUCCCUGCAGACCUCCAUAGACACUGAAUCUUUGCCCAGAGACCCACUACAUGAGAUGGUGGCUGAUUUGGUGCAUUUCAUGGUCCUCAAGUAUCGAUUGAAGGAGCCCAUCACAGAGGCAGAAAUGCUGAAGGUUGUCACCAAAAGGUACAAGAAACAAUUCCCUGUGAUCUUCAAGAAAGCUUCUAAGUGUUUGGAGGUGAUCUGUGGCAUUGAUGUGAAGGAAGUGGACCCCACCACCCACUCCUAUGUCCUUGUCAAUUCACUGGACCUCACCCAUGAUGAGGUGCUUAGCGACAACCACAGCAUGCCUAAAAAUGGUCUCCUGAUAAUCAUCCUGGGUGUGAUCUUCAUAGAGGGCAAUUGUCCCGAGGAAGACAUCUGGGAUUUCCUGAAUAUGAUGGGAGUGUAUGCUGGGAGGGAGCAUUUCAUUUAUGGGGAGCCCAGGAAGCUCAUCACCAGAGAUUGGGUGCAGGAGAAUUACCUGGAGUACCGGCAGGUGCCUAACAGUGAUCCUCCACGUUAUGAAUUCCUGUGGGGUCCCAGGGCUUAUGCUGAAACCAGUAAGAUGAAAGUUCUGGAGUUUUUGGCUAAGAUCAAAGGGACUGACCCCAUUUCCUUCUCCUGCUGGUAUGAGGAGGCUUUAAGAGAUGAGGAAGGGAGAGCCCAGCCCAGAAUUCAUUCUGUGGAUAAUACUAAUGCCAUGUUCGUUAAACAGCAUUGGCCAGCAGCUUCUCCGGGCCCCAACUGAAGAGUGAGCCCAAAUAUUCACUCCGUAUUUGAAGAGGGCAGUCCUGGCUCUGAGUAGAGGAGGGUCAGGGUCAGGGUCAGGCUAGGGAGAACACUGUACAACUUUGUGUUCCUGUAUAUGGAUGAUUUGGAGGUUUAUCUUUUUUUUCCUUUUGGUAUUCUUCAAAUGCUGUUUUUUUAAAUAGAAGUUUUAUUAGCUUUAGAAUCUAAGUAUAUAAAUG